UAUGGAACAACACAGUUUUAAACGUAUGGUACGUAAAUGCACGCACGAGAAUGGGAAGUGGCUCCCCCGAGGCACAGUUGCUCCAUACUCCCAUUUUCACAUACAUGCAGUUAUGCUCGACAGACAGGACGUCUUUUUCAUUUGUGGAGGAAGCACAGACUGCAUUGAACCAACGAGGAGCGGAUAUAUUCUAUUUCUACUACUGGUAAUCGUCAACUGGACUCAUUCCCACGACAAAUAAUAUUUAGCAAAGUUCUGACUAUCUGGUACAGACUUCUGUCAAGAAUCAGAAUGCAGAAGCUCCAUCACUUUUGUUUUCUUUUGGGAGCGGUAUUCAUCACAUUGUUUUUUAUAGUAGUCUUCUGGGAUGAGGUGAGAGUUGGAACUUACCAGCACAUGGAUUCAUCAAAAAAUCUGAAACAGCGUCAAGCACAUCGUAAACAUCUAAUAAACAAGCUUUGUUUGGCCAAUAGCAGCCUGCUUUUCCGAGAUAAAUUAAUCACAUUUGACCAGAUUCCCAACAAAGCUCUGGAUCAUCUCAUUGUGGACGAUCGUCACCGUGUGAUUUACUGUUUUGUACCCAAGGUAGCUUGUACUAACUGGAAGCGAGUAAUGAUUGUGCUCAGCCAGAACCUGAAGGCACCUGAUGGAGCUCCAUAUCUGCAUCCUCUUGACAUACCAAUAGAGGUAAUCCAUAAUUCUACAGUGCAUAAGACAUUUAACAACUUAUGGAUCCACCAUGGUCGAUACGCUCGUCCUCUGAUGCAUCAAAAGCUGAAGAACUACACUAAGUUCCUUUUUGUACGGGAUCCGUUCGUGCGCCUUAUUUCUGCUUUUCGAGCCAAAUUUAAUAGGCCAGAUGAGUACUUCUACUCCAAUUAUGGCUCCACAAUGCUUCAGCGUUAUGCUAAUAUUUCACACCCCCCUGCUUCGGCUCAAGAGGCCUUCAGUGCAGGUAUCAGACUGUCCUUUACUCACUUUAUUCAGUAUCUGUUAGAUCCACAGACUGAGAAGGAGAAGCCGUUUAAUGAGCAUUGGCAGCAGAUUCACAGACUUUGCCAUCCAUGUCAAAUUGACUAUGACUUUAUUGGGAAGCUAGAAACUCUUGAUGAGGACACAGAACAUUUGCUUAAGAUUCUUGGACUGGAUAAACAUAUUCACUUUCCUCCAGGAAAUGAGAACAGGACUGCGGUAGACUGGGAGCGAGAAUGGUUUGCAAACAUUUCAGUAGCACACAGGAGAAAGCUGUACAGUCUUUAUGAAACCGACUUUAAGUUAUUUGGAUAUGAUAAACCUGAGACACUUCUGAAUGAGUGACAAGUUAUUGUUUGUUAAAAGAGAGGAUCACCAGUUGCUCUUUCUGGAUUUAACUCAAGGCCACAUGUGAUUUAUAAACAAUAUUUGAUAAAUGCUGUCAAGACUGUGUCGUUUAAUUAAACAAGCUGAUGUUAAAUAAACCUUCCUUAAAGCUGUGCGUUUAUCAAA